AUGGCAACUGAUGAAGACGCGCGAGCUUCUGCAGCUAUUAAGCCCCGACAUUCAGGACGCACAAACCGGAAUAAUCGGGAGGGUCCAUCGAGUAACGGGACUCGUGACUUCACCAAUAGCCGCCCUAACCCGCAGACGGUUCGACGACAGUCGCAGAACUGGACACAGCGACCCCAACCGUCACCACCUACGACUUGUGCGGGAUGUCAGGCACAAGCACCACCAGGUUCACGUCAUAUUCCACGAUGUCAUCAUUUCCGUGCGUCGCCACCAGGGGGUUCGGAUGGUCGGGCGUGGCCGUACGACAACAACCGCACAUCAAGAGACGCACAACUGGCAUACAGACCGACCGCAGCUCCAACCUCAAGACAGGGGCAGAACAACACCAUGAGUAGAGACUUGGUAACUACGAAUCCGACUCCUCAAGUACAGGUGAAUGCGAUUACACAGGACGACGGCUUUGUACCAUCAUUAGAAGCUACAGAGGUACACAUUAACACGAUACUCACGGAAGACUUCGAGCACACGGCACCGGAACCAGACCAUGACCACGGGGUAUGGGAGUCCGUAACCGAACGAGCAUGA